AUGACGAAAGCUACUGAAGCUGUUUUGACUGUUUUUGCACUCUCUGCUGUAUACUUUGCUUUAUACUCAGGAGUCUUUCCAACCCCUAAGACUUUCCACGAUGAAAUCUUGCCAUUUUUGCCAUGGUGGGGAUUGGUGACUUUUGGUGCUUAUGCGUUGGGUACCUUGGGAUGGGGCAUCAUCACAUUCAAGGACAAGGAAGACAAGUACAAGGAAUUGUUGGUUCAAAUUGAUGAAGCUAAAGAGUUUUACAAGGCUAAAGGAAUCAAAUUAGAUUAA